AUUACAAGCCCGUUGCGAACCCCUCGGGAAAAGGCCAGUCUCCUACUGAGCGAGACCGAGAAUCAACAAGCCACACCUACUGGCUCCGCCCCUAAACAAAAUGGUGGAAUAAUUGACUCAAUCUCAAUGUUCUUUGUACCUGAUGAUGCUCCAAUCAUUACUGGAUAUAAUGAUACAGCCCCUACCACUGAUACUAUUAAUAUAUUCUCAAUAGCUUCUGGACACCUUUAUGAAAGAUUCCUAAGGAUUAUGAUGCUAAGCGUUCUGAAACACACUAAAAAUCCAGUCAAGUUUUGGUUUCUGAAAAAUUAUCUCUCACCACAAUUCAAAGAUUUCAUUCCCAGGAUGGCUGAGAGGUAUGGGUUUGAGUAUGAGCUGGUACAGUACAAGUGGCCACGCUGGCUUCAUGGACAAACUGAAAAACAAAGAUUAAUCUGGGCGUGGUUCGUACUGAUAUGAAGGAAUUGUUGGAAGAGCCAUUGGAUGGAGCACCUUAUGGAUACACUCCUUUCUGUGAUAGUCGUACUGAUAUGGAUGGAUUCAGGUUCUGGAAGAGUGGCUAUUGGAAGAAUCAUUUAGGAAGGAGGCGCUAUCACAUCAGUGCACUGUAUGUUAUUGAUCUACAGCAGUUCAGACUAUUAGCUGCUGGGGAUAGAUUAAGAGGACAAUAUCAAAUGCUAUCAUAGGAUCCUAACAGGUACAGUGAGUCUAAUCAAUAAUCUUAUGAUAAACAAUGGAUCAUGAGACCUACUGACUCAAAUAAGAAUAUCUUGAUGAUGACAGAUUGUAAAUUGUGUAUAAUUUAAGUGAUGGUGUAAAUUCAAAGUAUUUGAAAAUUACCUGAUAGAUCAUAUUAUACAUUUAGGCCAUU